CGCGCAAAAAGGACUUCUGGUCUUUUUGGGCUACUGUAGUUUAUAGCCUUUGCCCGUUUCUUCUCCUAACAGCAUGGCUGAUCAAUCAAACUAUAUAUCAGAUUUCAGGUGAACAUUUCAGCCUUUGCCCUGUCUGUUCUUCACACUCAGAAACCAUGUUCACGACCACGGGCUCUCGGGGAUUAUACAAGGUCCCCCUGUCCAAAGGCUUACUGCUGGUUCUCAGUGGGUUAACGGUCAUGCUGACGUUGCUGCCUCAGUACCAGGGACUUUUCACCUACAACCUACAGGCCAUCACCACCCAGCAGCAGGUGUGGAGGUGGGCCUGCGGCCGGCUGGUCUGUCUGGAUCUGAAGGACACCCUCUGCAGCAGCUUGCUCAUCUACAACUUCCGCAUCUUUGAGAGGCGAUUCGGCACCAGGAAGUUUGCUUCCUUCCUCUGGGGAACCUGGCUCCUGUCUGCACUGACCGACUUCCUGCUGGCCCAGGCGGUGUAUUUCCUGUUUGACCAUGAGGUGGAAGAGCUCCCGACAGGACUGCUGUCCCCCAUCUUCUCCCUGUUCGUCCCUUUCUACCUCUCCAUCCCCAGGGUUCCUGUCACUCAGGUCUUGGGAUACUUUUCAAUCACCAACAAGACUCUGGUCUACAUCGUGGGACUGCAGCUUCUCACCUCCCAUCCCUUCAUGUGGCUCAUCACACUCAGUGGAUUGAUCUCAGGCGGCCUGUACUACGGCAAUGUCCUCUGGCUGCAGCGCGUCCUCUUCGUCCCCGUCUGGCUGGCCAAAAUGGGUCGCUGUGUCCUCGAGCCUCUCUUCUCUGGCCCUGAGCCCACCAGCGAGAGCCCCCUGGGGAUGGGCGCCACGCUGGACAUCCAGAGGCAGCAGAGGAUGGACCUGCUGGACCAGCAGCUGCUGCUGGCCGAGUACAACCAGGCCAGACGCAGCCCCCGGCCGCAGCCCCAGGCUGGCAUGUUGGACUGGAGACGCUUCUUCCCCUCGCUGAGACGCAGGGGCCCCAUCCGGGCCCCAGCCCAGCAGGCCCCCCCGGAGCAGACCCAGCCCUCCCCCCAGCCCCACCCCUCUCCCCUGGACGACUCCCCUGCAGCGGAGGAACAGGUGGCCAGGUUGGUCGAAAUGGGCUUCUCGCGGAUCGACGCCCUGGAGGCACUCGGGGCUUCCAACAAUGACAUCAACAUGGCAACCAACUACCUCCUGCAGCACUGAGCGAUCAGUGGGAGCACCAGAGACGGAGGAGGUCAGGGGGGGUGAGGAGCAGAGGAGGUGGGGGACUGCUGGGGAGAGCCAGUGCAGGAGGAGAUGGGCUCGGGGCCCGCCCGGUCGGCUCCCCCCGACUAGGUUAGUCAUCGUGGCCGGGGUCAGCUUGUGCUGGAACCUAGUGAGUGAAAAGCUGUCGCGUCCAGAGUCCACAGACUGUGCUGUGCUUGUUUUAAGGAGGCGUCGCAGCCUGGAGCCUAUGGCCUCAUAGCCAUGAACAUGUGGGUACUUGACCCUACGGAUGUUUCCAAUCGUACUUUCAAGGUCAUGUAAGGUGUAUCACAGUUUGGGAUGAAGGCAUAUUGGAAGACCAUCAACCAAGCAUUAACUGAAAUAACAAUUAGUGACCCCCGUACCGUAUACAAUACCAUUAAUAAAGGACUGUUGGUUGCUAUGCUUGCAGUCCUAAAACCACUAUGAUCCUGAACAUAGCCAAGCUAGGACUUGGUUGAUCGGAACAAAAGACGACCAAUGACGUCGCCACAGCAACUGUCUAAAACAGGUACGGGCUGCAGCAUAGCGCUUCCGCUGACAUCCUCUUGACAUGAGGGAUACACUUCAAACUCGUUCUACAAGUCACGCUCGUAUUCAGAUAUUCCGACAACUUAAUGUCUUCAUCACAAAAGUGGGCCACGGCUAAUCAGAAAAUAACCUGAGCUAUAUUUGUGUAUUUAUUUUGUCGUAAGACGGCAAGACGUGUGGGAGCAGGUGGAGGCAGGGGGCUGCAUGGGGUACGGGUUUGAACCCCCGGGUUCAAACCUGCUGGAUGUGGGUGUCUCUAGAGCUGUCACAUGAACAGUGUUUCAUUGGCUGACCCUCCCUCCCAACUCGCCCACAUGUGACUCGGAAGCUGGAUUCUCAUUGGCUGAGACAUUGACGUUGUGUAUCCAUGAGCUCCUAUCAACGUAUGUGUAACAAAGCUUCUUCUGUGUAACGUAGGAGGCUGUAGGAGCACGAUCUCAGGGUUUGUGGAGCGUGUGUACUUCAUGUUUGAUCCCGGAUUAUUUGAAUGUCAUUGCAUACAUGAUUGAAUGCCCGUGUGCACGUUGUCGGUCAGCUGACGUGAGCUCUUCUGUCUUUAUUGUCAUGUUUUGUCAUUCAUGAACAUAUGCUCGUUCAUUAUCAUGCACACGUACAACCCACAUAGGUUUUCAAAUAUAGAGGCUAAUAUGAUUGAAAUAUUCAAUUCUGUCUGUAGGAAGAUAUGUACCCUGCCAGCACAACACAGCUGUCUUAAUGAAAACAAUAUUUAUUAUGCAAUAAGAUAAAUGUAUGAAGGCUAUAAAAACUCACUGGUGUUUAUGUAGAUGCCUUUUAAAGGUUAAUAAACAAUACAUUUACAAAUUGUAUGAAAAGUGACGAGAUGGUUGCAAACCAUGUUGAACGCAGAUAUUAUUUUCUAUUUUGUAUAAUACCAUUUAUACAUUAUGUUGAAUUGUUUUGUGGGCAAAUGAAGAUGGCGCAUAUGUAUCACACGUGAUGCAUACGAGAUCGAUUCUGCAAUGACAACUUGUUCUGUUGAAUGGUUUGUCCUGAAAGUGAAAUAAACCCACUUUAGGAAAUGGGAAA